CGCGGCCGGGUUCCCGCGUGAAGAAGGGUGCGAGAUGCCCGCACUGCCAAGAAUCCCAUGGUCCAUAUGUUUUUCUGAGCAAUGGACGCAGUCACUUCGGCACAUUUGACAUCUCUUGCUGGUGAGCUGAGCCCGCCUCUUCACCAGAAAAAAUGGCAGCGUUCAAGAAGCUAAAACUUCUUCUCUGGAAGAAUUUCAUCUUAAAGAAGCGGAAGACCCUGGUCUCGAUCCUUGAAAUCUUGAUGCCGUUUCUGUUCUGUGGAAUCAUACUGUAUCUUCGUUGCAACAGUGUCUCAAGAAAAAGGGCUCCAUCUAACUACAGUGCUUUUGAUAUCAGCACACUGCCAGAAUUCUUCUACAAUUACCCUCAGAAAAGUGUACUUCAGCUGGCCUACAUCCCUUCCAAGAGUGAGACGCUGAGGACCAUCACGGAGAGGGUGAAGCAGUCCUUCGAUGUGGACUUGGGAGUUCUAGGUUUCCCUUCGGUGCCUGUGUUUGAAAAUUUCAUAAUUAAGGAACAAAAGGCUUUCUACAUUUUGACAGGAAUCGUUUUUCACCAUAGAUUCAUUAACAACAGCGAACCUUUGCCACUUGUGGUGAAGUACACCUUGCGCUUCAGUUACAUCCAGAGGAAUGUAUUGCCAGUCAAGAAUUUGUUUGUUUUGCGUGAUAACCCUGAAGGCUGGUGCACAUCCUUCCUUUAUCCUCCAAAUCCACGCCAAGAACCACGGGCAUUCACGCAGGAAGAUGGAGGAAACCCUGGAUACAACAGAGAAGGCUUCCUGGCCAUACAGCAUGCUGUGGACAAAGCCAUCAUGUGGCAGCAUGCCCAGACCGCGGCAGUCAGCCUGUUGGACAGCCUUAGCGUGCUCCUGAAGAGAUUCCCUUAUGGACCCUUUAUCCAAGACAAGUUCUUCCUGGUUCUCCAGAAUGAUUUCCCGCUGCUCCUCAUGCUCAGCUUCAUCUGUUUUGAGCUCAUUAUCAUCAAUUCCAUUUCACUGGAGAAAGAGAGAAAACUGAAGGAGUAUAUGUGUAUGAUGGGACUGGACAACUGGCUGCACUGGGUUGCUUGGUUCAUCUUGUUCUUUGUUUCCGUCUCCGUUGCAGUUCUUGUCAUGACCAUUCUCUUCUGUGUAGAGGUGAAUGGUGUUGCAGUGUUCAGGAAUAGUGAACCCACUUUGAUAUUUAUUUUUCUAAUGUGUUUUGCCACUGCUACAAUUUUCUUUGCAUUCAUGAUCAGCACAUUCUUCCAAAGAGCCCAUGUUGGAACUGCUGUGGGAGGCAUCGUCUUCUUCCUCACCUACCUGCCGUACCUGUACCUCGGCUUCAACUACUCGCAGCGGAGCCCGCUCCAGAAGAUCUUCCUGUGCCUCUUUUCCAACGUGGCCAUGGCAGUGGGAGUCCGACUCAUCGCUGCCUUGGAGGCAGAAGGUGUAGGUUUGCAGUGGAAGAGAGUGGGCAGUGUCCGUGCAGAGUUUAACUUUAGCCAUGUGCUGCUGAUGCUCCUGCUGGAUUCUGUCCUCUACUGCUUGGUGGCCUGGUAUGUGGAGGCCGUCUUCCCAGGGAAGCUUGGUACACCUAAGCCAUGGUACUUCUUUCUCAAGCCCUCCUACUGGAGUGGAAAGCCUGCACCUGCUACCCAGAGACUGCUGCCUGUGGAGCUUCCUGAAAAGUCUCCAACACGCAGGUUCUUUCAGGAAGAACCCAGCAACCUGAUGAAGGGGAUUGAGAUCCAACAUCUGUACAAGGUGUUUCACAAAGGAAGGAAUGAGCACGUAGCAGUGAAAGGGCUCACAAUGAAUCUCUACAGAGGGCAGAUCACGGUGCUGCUGGGACACAACGGAGCGGGGAAGACCAUCACCUGCUGGAUGCUCACAGGUCUUACUCCGUGUUCCAGUGGACGGGCGUAUAUCAAUGGAUACGAAAUUUCAAGAGACAUAGCUCAGAUUAGGAAGAGUCUGGGCUGGUGCCCCCAGCAUGACAUCCUGUUUGAUAACUUUACAGUGGGGGAGCAUCUCUUUUUCUAUGCCCAGCUGAAAGGCUUGUCGCGCCACAAGUGCCCCGAGGAGGUCAAGCAGAUGCUGCAUGUGCUCGGCCUGGAGGACAAGCGCCACACCCGGUGCAAGCUGCUGAGUGGGGGGAUGAAGCGCAAGCUGUCCAUCGGCAUCGCCCUCAUCGCGGGCUCCAAGGUGCUGAUUCUGGACGAGCCCACCUCAGGCAUGGACGCCAUCUCCAGGAGGGCUGUCUGGGACCUGCUGCAGCAGCAGAAAACUGACCGCACCAUCCUGCUGACCACCCACUUCAUGGACGAGGCCGACCUGCUGGGGGACCGCAUCGCCAUCAUGGCCAAGGGGGAGCUGCAGUGCUGUGGGUCCCCACUGUUCCUCAAGCAGAAAUAUGGUUCAGGAUACUAUAUCACUUUACUGAAGACACCACAGUGUAACACGGAGGCACUUUCUCACCUGAUUUAUCAUCAUAUACCCAAUGCUGUGUUAGAGUCCAGUGCUGGAGAAGAAAUAAUAUUCAUACUCCCGAAAGAGAGUAUGCACAGGUUCGAAUCUCUGUUCAACAGCUUGGAGCUGCAGCAGACAGAGCUGGGCAUCGCCAGCUUCGGCGCCUCAGUCACCACCAUGGAGGAGGUGUUCAUUCGGGUUUGUACUUUGGCAGAUUCCACUAUAAAUGCCCUGAGCAGCAAACGUUCAUCUCUCCGCCCUCACCCGAUGACGAGCAGAGUUCCUGUUGACAGAAUUAAACAGAUCCAUUCCAGGAUCUACUCAAUCCACCCUGGCCUCCCAGUCAGACUAAACACCGGGUUCUUUCUUCUCUGCCAGCAAUUCUAUGCCAUGUUCCUGAAGAAAGCGCUGUAUUCUUGGCGCAACUGGAUGCUGAUUUUGUCGAUCCAGAUGCUGGUGCCGCUGGUGAUCAUUAUGUUAAGUCUCUUCUUUUUCAACUUGAGAGUGGAGAACAUGGCCAGUGUUCCCCUGGAGCUCAGCCUGAAAACGUACGGUCAGACCGUGGUCCCAUUCUCUGUUCCUCAGAAUUCCAGGUUGGAUCCUCAACUUUCAGAACGCUUUGCAAGCAUGCUUGUGGCUGAGGGACAGAUUCCUCUGGAAGUCCCAGGUUCGAUAGAGACGUUCCUAUUGAAAAAGGCCAAAGAGAAACCUGAGGAUUUUAAUAAGUUCUACCUCGUGGCAGCCUCCUUCAGAGACGAGGGCAACCACACCACCGUGACCGCGCUGUUCAACAACCAGGCGUACCAUUCCCCUGCUCUGGCCGUGACUAUGGUGGACAACUUCCUCUUCAAGCUGCUCUCCGGUGCCGGGGCUUCCAUCCGCACAUCCAACUACCCGCAGCCUCAGUCGGAGAUGGAGAUAUCCGAGAAUGUCCUGUACCAGGGCCCUAAAGGGCAUUACCUCGUGGUCAACUUGCUCUUUGGAGUCGCUUUUCUGUCCAGCUCCUUUUCCAUCUUGAUUGUGCGGGAGAGGCGGAUCAAAGCCAAGCACAUCCAGUUUGUCAGUGGCAUUUACUUGGUGGCUUACUGGCUCUCUGCCCUGCUCUGGGACCUCAUCUCCUUCCUUGUCCCCACGCUGCUGAUGGUGGUGGUGUUUUUAUACCACAAAGAAGACGUGUUCACACGCUAUGAGAACAUCGCUGCGCUGGUCUCCAUGUUGCUCCUGUACGGAUGGGCCACGGUGCCCUUCAUAUACAUUGUCAGCUUCUCCUUUGAAAGCGCCAGCCACGCCUGCAUGAAGCUGGUCAUCAUGCUCACCUUCCUGAGCAUCGGGCCCAUCCUGCUUGUCAGAGUCACAGCAGAACAGGAGCUCGGUUACGAAGCAUUCUCGGAGUCCUUGGAUCAUGCGUUCCUGGUACUCCCCGGCCACUGCCUGGGCAUGGCUUUCUGCAACUUGUAUUACAACUUUGAACUGCAGCAGUUGUGCAGCAUCAAGAACCUGAGCCAGGCCGAGUGCAGUGAGGCUUCAGAGAAAUAUGUGGUCCAGAAGAACAUCUAUGCCUGGGAGCCUCUGGGGAUAGGGAAGUACCUGACAGCACUGGCCAUUUCGGGCCCCAUGUACAUUCUGCUACUGUUCCUCAUUGAAACCAAUGUGUUCUGGACCCUGAGAGCCUGGCUAGCCCGCCUGUGCAGGAAACAGAAUGUGGCAGGGCUGCUGGAAGUAUCAUCAUUACCUGAAGACCAAGACGUGGUCAAGGAAGCAAAACUCAUAACGACCCAUUUGGAAAAGUUGUGCAAGAAGAACCCACUAGUUGUUAAAGAAGUGUCGAAGGUCUAUGACAGCAAGGUGCCCCUGGUGGCUGUGAACAAGGUGUCCUUCACCAUUCAAGCAAAAGAAUGCUUUGGCCUGCUUGGCCUCAAUGGAGCUGGGAAGACUUCCAUUUUCAAGAUGCUGACUGGGGAUAAGCCCGUGACUUCUGGGGAUGCCUUUGUCCGAGGUGUCAGCAUCAAGUCUGACCUAGACAAAGUGCGGAAGUGGGUCGGCUACUGUCCCCAGUUUGAUGCUCUGCUGAACUUCAUGACAGGCCGUGAGUCCCUAGUCAUGUAUGCCCGCAUCCGGGGCAUCCCUGAGCGCCAGAUCGCUGCCUGUGUGAAUCAGAUCCUUGAGGACUUAGUGUUGCACAUGGACGCUGACAAGCUGGUGAAGACCUACAGCGGGGGGAGCAAGCGCAAACUGAGCACAGGCAUUGCCCUCAUCGGAGAGCCCGCCGUCAUCUUCCUGGACGAGCCGUCCACUGGCAUGGACCCCGUGGCCCGGCGCCUGCUCUGGGACACCGUGGCCCGCGCCCGCGAGUCCGGCAAGGCCGUCAUCAUCACCUCCCACAGCAUGGAGGAGUGUGAGGCCUUGUGCACCCGGCUGGCCAUCAUGGUGCAGGGUCAGUUCAAGUGCCUGGGCAGCCCGCAGCACCUCAAGAGCAAGUUUGGCAGCGGCUACUCCCUGCAGGCCAAGGUCCGCAGCAAGGGGCAGCAGGAGGCGCUGGAGGCGUUCAAGGCGUUUGUGGAGCUGACCUUCCCAGGUAGCAUCCUGGAGGACGAGCACCAGGGGAUGGUCCAGUACUUCCUGCCCAGCCAUGGCCACAGCUGGGCGAAGGUGUUUGGCAUCCUGGAGCAGGCUAGGAACAAGUACCAGCUGGAUGACUACUCGGUCAGCCAGGUCUCCCUGGAGGACGUCUUCCUGAGCUUCACCUACCCUGUGUAUUCUGCGCAAGCGCACGGCCAGCGUGAGCAGACACGGCCUCCCUCCGCUAGGACAGCUGUCCCCUCAGACCUUUCCCAGCAGCAAUAAAGACAGCCCCACAUGGCCAGACA